AUGUACAUAUCUGUAUUCAGCAAUGAGGUGAAGGCCUUGGACCUAGAGGUCUCCUGGACCAAGACCGAGAUCCAAGAUUUUAAGACCCCCGCCGCCGGGCCCUCAUGCUGCCACUGGAGUGAAGUUCAGUCUCCGCCCUCCCGCCCCGCAGGGCCCGCCGGGCAGCCCGGAGCGCCCGGACCGAAGGGGGACACGGGACCAAGUGGUCCGGCCCGCCGCCCCGCGCCAACGCCCGAGUCGCCGAAAGGUGGUUCGACGGCGGCGACUCCAGAAGAAGCCGCAGAUGAGCCCUUCAGCGAGAACGACCUCCCGCUCGGACUCGUGGACCGUCGUCAAGCACCGCGGCGGAAAGAAGCAGUUCUGCAGGUGCCGGAGAGGCGCCGUGGGCCCCCCGGGAGCCCAGGGCAAGACGGGACCCGAGGGCUCCGCGGGCUCCGAGGGCCUGCAGGCAAGAAGGGCGAGCCGGGCUCCUUCGACUUCCUCCUCCUCAUGAUCGCCGACGUCAAGCACGACAUCCAGAAGCUGCAGCAGAAGGUCUUCACGGAGGAGGAAAUGCCUGAGCCUUACGACCUGGCGGGCGCCAUCGCUGCCUCCGGCUCCGUGACCAACCAGCAGUACCACUCUCAGCUGCAAGAGCUUCUGACCGAGGAAGUCGACAACAGGAUCUUCGGCGCCGCCAGACGACUCGAUCCUGUGCUGAAGGUCGUUGAUACCACGGACGACCAAGAGAGCUCAGGCACUUCGACCACCGGUAAUCCCGACACGCUGACGACCCCGGAGGAAGAUGGACAAGAGGAGGAGUAUGAAGAGGAAGAAGGGGAGGCCGAGGAGGAGCAGCCUUACCAUUACAUGAAUUCCAACAUUACUGUCGACUCGCUCUAUGAGGACGACAUCCCUCUGUACGACUACCCGCUUGAGGUGGAGCCAACGUACCUUACGGAUUACGCUGCGUUGUCGAACGAACCUCAAGAGACGAACCACGACACACUCGAAGAAACCGUCUCCGGCGACCCACGGGCAGCGGCGACUAGAGAGCGACAGACACUCGUCGACGACACUCCCGAGCUUCAGCUGUACAGAUCCUUUUCCAGGGAGGCUUCGAACGCCUCAGUCGAACGAGUCUCCGGAGACGCUCGAACUGUUCGGGACGGACGAUCCGACGACUCGGCGAGGAGCCCGGCGACAGAGAAAGCGUGCAGCCCACGCCCUACGACGCCGAGACUCUGAGGGCG